ACCAGCCACACUGUGGGUACUGCAGGUCGGGAGCAGUGCCCAGAUGUCAACGGUCCCUACCUUCGAGUCCACGGCAGACGGGUACUUGCUUGUGGUUUGGGGCAGGGGAGAGACUGGCGCUGGAUUUUUGAAUUCUAAAUGAUAAGACGAAUGCUAAAUCUUCUCCUCAGAACGGAUGAGACCGUGCAGAAAAUAGGACUCCCGUAAUUCUGGGAUUACGUUUUGAAACUUGUCUCCUAGAGCUGAGCGCCAAGCCUUGGGUAGGUAGGGAGUUUGGGUCUGCGGCCAGCGCAGCUGGUGCAGGGCAUCUGCGGGCACACCCGCGCGCCACUGGCCAUGUCACCUUUAGUGCCCUGCCUCUUUGCGUUUCCUUCUGAGGGUUCCCAGGGCUGGCCGGGGUUGCUUCCCACCCGUGCACUCUCAGUCGCUCCCAGCCGAGCCCAGAGGGUAAGGCUCCCCCAAGCCCAGACCUUUUGACUCCCUGCUCCCUCUCUCCCGCCUCCGACCCCGCCCGGGGGUUGGGGGUGGGGAGGCCCUGGAGAGCCGGACCUCACCCUGCCUGGCUGGGACCAUGGUGUUUCUCUCUGGAAAUGCCUCCGACAGCUCCAACUGCACGCACCCACCGGCACCAGUGAACAUUUCCAAGGCCAUUCUGCUCGGGGUGAUCUUGGGGAGCCUCAUCAUAUUUGGGGUACUGGGGAACAUCCUAGUGAUCCUCUCUGUGGCCUGCCACCGGCAUCUGCACUCAGUCACUCAUUACUACAUCGUCAACCUGGCGGUGGCCGACCUGCUACUCACCUCCACUGUGCUGCCCUUCUCUGCUAUCUUUGAGAUCCUGGGCUACUGGGCCUUCGGCAGGGCCUUCUGCACCAUCUGGGCGGCAGUGGACGUCCUGUGCUGCACCGCGUCUAUCAUGGGGCUCUGCAUCAUCUCCAUCGACCGCUGCAUUGGCGUGAGCUACCCGCUGCGCUACCCCACCAUCGUCACCCAGAAGAGGGGCCUCAUGGCUCUGCUCUGCGUGUGGGCACUCUCCCUUGUCAUCUCCAUCGGGCCCCUGUUCGGCUGGAGGCAGCCGGCCCCGGAGGACGAGACCAUCUGCCAGAUCACCGAGGAGCCGGGUUACGUGCUCUUCUCAGCAUUGGGGUCCUUCUACGUGCCGCUGGCCAUCAUCCUGGCCAUGUACUGCCGGGUCUACGUGGUGGCCAAGAGGGAGAGCCGGGGCCUCAAGUCGGGCCUCAAGACCGACAAGUCUGACUCGGAGCAAGUGACGCUCCGCAUCCAUCGGAAAAAUGCCUCCGUAGGAGGCGGCAGGGUGCCCACGGCCAGGAACAAAACACACUUUUCUGUGAGACUCCUCAAGUUUUCCAGGGAGAAGAAAGCCGCCAAAACACUGGGCAUCGUGGUCGGCUGCUUCGUCCUCUGCUGGCUGCCUUUCUUCUUAGUGAUGCCCAUUGCAUACAGGCAUCACUGUUCUAUCCAGUGCUUGAAUUCAGAAAAAUCAAAUUCUGACAGAAAGGAGCUGGCACAUCAUCAGGCCGCUACUUCAGUUCCAUACUGUAAAUCUGCAGUCAGCUCAAGAAUGCUACCCACACAACUGAAAUCCAGUGUCCAGUUGGAAAUGGAAGCCACCCUCUCCAUGGAAGAUGUCAAAGAAAGCUACUCCUGAAUCAGAGAGCCUUGUUUUUUCCCCAGAAAUACAGAUGGGCUCAUUUAACAUGAUUUCUAUCUGUUCUCUGCAAUUAGUGUAUAAAUGACUGUCUCUGGGUAUUAGUCACUCCGAUAAAAUGAAAUGAUACAAUGGUAAUUGGCCAUGUGGACUUCGGCACUUCCCUGGGGAUUUCACUUGGCUCUGAGAGCAUUUUUAACAUAGAUUCUGUCUGUGCUCUUUAUUCAGCUAAUUACAGGACUUAAAGGAAUGAGUUGGCUUUGGGGCGGAGGGAGGUGAGGAGGAGGGACAGCAUGUUAUACCAGGAAGAUCACUUGACUGAAACAGAGUAUGUUGGUUCUAGUCUGCACUAAUACAUUUUCCCUUCUAUUGUGUUUUUAUUUUGGACAGCUGUGUUGCAUACAUUAUCUCACUUAAUCAUCACUAUAACCUUGUGGUGUUGAUAUCAUGACCCCUUUUACAAAGAUGAGAACGCUGAAGCUCAGAGAGGCUGCCCUCAUCAACGUUCCCCUGGAAAGCAGCAGAACUGGGAUUAGAACUCUAAUUGGCCUUAAUUCCCAGGCCCUGCUGACCACUGUUAAUAUCUACUCACUAAACAGACCUGUGUCACCUGUAACAAGUCACUUCACUUCUCUGUCCCCACUUUCUUUAACAGUGGUGGUUAAAUGUGGAGAUGCUGGCUCUUCUAAGUGCUUUCUUUCUAUACAAAUUAAACAUCAUUUCUACUUUUCUCUCCUUUUUAAAAAAAAAUUCUCCCUAUUUCUUUUAUUCUGUUUUUCUUCUCUUUCCCACACAUCCAAAACAGGGCUGGUGCUAACAGGUGAGGGGUUGAGCAAGGAGGGGCUGUGGGAGGAGGGAGCAGCAGGUCUGCUCAGUAGGUGCUCUGUCGUCCAGCCCUGAGCAACACCUUCUUCUAGAUGAGCUCCAAGCCAGGUUAUGGGGCAAAGACCCAAGGAGUUCAGAGGGUUGUAUUUCCAGUUCUGCCACAAUGUUCCUGGGAGGCUUUGACCAAAUCAUGAUCUUGUUGCACCUCUGAUUCAGUCAUAAAUAAUGAAAUGAUGGCCUUGGUGAGGGUUUUGGGCCACUGAGUUCAGAUCCUCCAUUUCACACAGGAAGAGGGAGAUGGCUGGUGGUACAAAUAUGCUGAGAACCCUGGCCACCUGAUAACACCCCAUGGGUCCCUGUCCUCAUUUCAGGAAGAAAGGUUCUUUUGUUUCAUGGGAUUCACACCUAUCAUGGGUGGGGGCAGUGAGCUGUCAGUGAACCUCAUAUUCUUCUGUUGGAAAAUGCUUUGAUGGGAAUCAAAGAUAGUUCUCAGUAGGGACAGUUUUUCAUACCAGAGCACAUACUCAUUGACGACCUAUCGCCAUGAUGAGUUCUACAAGGCAAUGUUCGUGAGGAAGCAGACAAAGUCACUGCCCAGGCCCAGGCCCAGCACAGCACAGCACCACCAGGGAGGGUACCACUCACAGGUGACAGUGUGGAAGGCAGAUGCUGCACCAAGUGGCCAUACGAGGUCGCAGAGAGGAGCACACAUUAAAGAGAGUCCAGGCACAUCUUCUGCUUCCUGUUGCCAUUCUCCCUCAACUGUUCCUUUCUUGUGGUAUUUACUGUCCUAUUCGUGCCCAUAACAAAAAAUGUCAGUUCUUUUUGGAAGGGGAAGGUGACAUUUUCUUGGUCUAUACCCAGGUUUUUGAGUUAUUGUAUUGAACACAAAUAAUACUUUAGGUUGUAUACUACAGGGUCUUCAAAGCAGUUUUCCAUAAUUUCACUUACUCUGUUUAGGAUUAUUGUUAUCCUUGUUUAUAACAAUGUAAGUCUGUAUUGUCUAAUAUAAUAGCCACGAGCCACAUGUUACUAUUUAAAUUCAAGAGACUUACAAUUUAGUAAAUGAAAAGCAGCACUUUCUCAAUCAUACUAGUCAUAUUUCAAGUUCUCAAUAGUCACAGGCUAAGCACUUGUAUGUUUAAUCUUUUUUUAAGAUUUUAUUUAUUUAUCUUUAGAGGGGAAGGGAAGGAGAGAGAAAUAUCAAUGUAUGGUUGCCUCUUGUGCGUCCCCUGCUGAGAACUGGCCUGCAACCCAGGCAUGUGCCCUGACUGGGAAUUGAACUGCAAUCAUCUUGUUCACAGGCCCAUGCUCAAUCCACUGAGCUACACCAGCCAGGGCUGUAUGUUUAAUCUUGUUUAGCCCUCAAAACAAUGUGUAAGUACAGCUUUACAGAUAAAUAAUGUUACAUCUUAGAGAUAUUUGCUUACUUGCCAAGAUUAUAUGAAGGGGGACCCUCUCCCCCAAAAACCUGGAAUUAUCUUCUGGAGGGCAGGCCCCUUGUAAUACAGACUUCCCCCACUAGGUGAGUGUUCUAGGAGAACAUCUGUGUCAAUGCACCAGCCGGCAUUGUUGUAAGAGGCGGGUUCGGCCUCAGUGAAUUUUUUUUAAAGAUCCUUUCAACACAGUUCAUGUUUUCAUGUUUUACAAGUGAUUUACAAGUGUUUCUGACAACACCACACUGAAUGUUCAGUAGUUUCCAGCCAAAAAUAUGGCAUGAUGCCAGUGCCCCAUCCUCUCCAUUCACCUGAUCUCACCUGAAGCAACUUUUUUUGUGUGUUUUCCCCAAUUGAAAAAAGUCCUCAAAGGGAAAUGUUUUGCUGAUAUGGAAGAGGUGAAACAAAAAACGGCAGAAGCACUAAAAGUCAUCAAGAUGAUGUGUUCAAAACCUGUUUUGAGUGGUGGGAAAAAGUUUCAAUAGAUGUAUUGCCUCAGAUGGAGAGUUCUUUGAAGGUAACUGAAACUUAAAAAUGUAAGAGUAAAUAUGCAACAUUUUCUAAAUAAACUCUGGGUUUUGAGUGGCAGUAGAAUGGUGGGUGUUGGCUGGUUUAACUCCAAAGUCCCCUCUCUAAAUCAACAUACUGACUGCAUUGCACUCCUGAUGAAGAAAUACAACAGCAGCCACAGUGCUUACAUCAGUGACUUUUACUUCCUGGAGUGUGGAAUAGAUAUAAUUUUACCCAUUCAUUCCAAUAAUUAUAACUAAGAAUUCUGGACAUCAUGUAUAACAUAAACAGAAGAUUCUGAAAGAUGAAAAGAAGUCAGACCAGCUACAUUGUCAAACCCAAAAGGCAGCCCAGAGAUAAGUGUCCUGAGUUUUCUUUUUUGCCUCGUAUGUCACAAACUUGGCAGAGUGAAUUAAAAAAAAAAUGUGACCUCACCACAUGCUAUAAGAAGCAUCAAUAUAAUGGCAUACAUUAGGUAAAAGCAAAAUAAUGGAAAAAGACUGACUAUACAGACAUUAAUCAAAAGAAAGCAAGAGUGACUGUAUUAAUAUCAGAUAAAGUAGAGUUCAGAGCAUGGAAAUCACUCUGACCAAAAGAUCAAUCCACCAAGGAGAUGUAGCAAUUCUAAGUGGGUAUGCAUUAAAUAACAUAGCUGCAAUAUAUGUGAAGCAAAAACUGAUAGGUCUGAAAGAAGAAAUGGACAAACCACAGUUAUACUUGGAAAUUUCAACUCCCCUCUCUCAACAAUUGGUAGAACAGCCAGUCAGAAAAUCAGCAAGCAGUUGGAAUUCAACACACUGUCAUGAAGAGGGCCUUUGACAGACAUUUAUAGAAUACAUCACCCAACAACAGCAAAAUACGCACUCUUUUCAAGCAUCCACAGAAUAUGUAUCAUGAUAGACCAUAUUCUAAACCAUAACACACAUCAUAAAUGUAAAAUUAACAUCAUACAUGUCCAUGAGGUCUCUGACUAAAAUGAAAUCAUAUAAAUCAAUAGCACAAAGAAAACAGAAAAGAUUUUAGACACUUGGAAACUAAACAACACAGUUCUAAAUAAUCCAUAAGCCAAAGAGGAAGCCUCAAUUAAAAUAAUUUUUUUAAUUUAAUGGGAUUAAAACAAAAAUAAAAUAUAUCAAAAUGUGAGGAAUACAGCUAAUAUAGUGCUGAGGUGGAAAUACAUUAUAAGCACAUUAUAAAAAAAGAAAAAGUUUUAAUUAAAUAAUCCAAGUUCCUACUUCAAGAAAUAAGAAGAAGAAAAGCAAAAUAAACCCAAGGCAAGAGGAGGGAAAGAAGUAAAAAAGAUAAGAGCAAAAAUUAAUAAAAUUAAAAACAAAAAAAACUAUAGAGAAAAUCAAUAACAUAAGAACUGAACCUUUGAAAAGUUCAAUAAAAUUGGCCAACAUCUAGCAAUGGUGACCAAGAAAAUAAAAAUACAGCAAAGACCUAAAUUACCAAUAUCAGGAGUGAAGUAGAAUAUUACUACGGACCCUGAAGUGAUAAGGAAAUACUAUGAACAGCUCUAUACACAUCAAUUUGACAACUUAGUCCAUGAAAUGGACCAAUUUUAUGAAAAGUGUGAACUACACAACUCAAUAUGAAAUAGAUCAUUUAAACAAUCCUAUAACUAUUAAGGAAAUUGAAUUCAUAACUUAAAAAUUGUCAGAAAGAAAUUGUCACACCCUCAUAGUUUCAGUAAAGGAUUCUAUCAAAAGAAGAACUAAUACCAAUUUACAUAAUCUCUCCAGAAACUAGAAGAGGAUGGAAUAUUUCCCAACUUACUUUGGAGCUAGUGUAAAAGAGGAAGAAAGAGAGAAAUGGAAAAAAAAGCAAGGAAGGAAGAAAAAAGAGAGAAAGAAAGGAAGGAAGGAGGGAAAGAGAGGGAGAGAAGAAAGAAGGGAGGGCAGAAAUAAAAUUAUAGUCUAAUAUCUUUUAUAACUAUAAUUCAAAAAUCUUUAACAAAAUAAUUACAGAUAGAAUUCAGCAAAAUAUAAAAACAAUGAAUAUAUCAUUACUAACAGGGAUUUAUUUCAAGGAUGCAAGUAAGUUUAAUAUUUGAAAAUCAAUAAAUGUAAUUCAUCACAUUAACACGCUAAAGAAUAAAAUCAUUUAUCAAUUAAUUGAUGCACAAAAAGCACUUGACAAAACCCAAAAGAGAACUAUGAUAAAACGCUCAGGGAAUUAGGAAGAUGUGGGAAAUUCCUCAAUAUGAUUGUUAUACAAUCAAAUACAGAUGAUAGCAAACCUACAGGUAAUUAAACAUGAUAUGAGAGUGAAUACUUUCCCCUAAGAGCAGGAACAAAGGCAAGGAUAUCUACUCCCACUGCUCUUAUUCAACAUGGCGGUUCUAGCUCAUGCAAUGAGGCAAGAAAAGGA